UUAGCUGAAAAUUGAUUUAUCUCCAAAAACAUCAAAUAAAAUAAAACUCCCUCCUCUUUUGUGUGUUACCUCAGUUCACUGUUGUAGGAGAUGAACUGGGUUUUAGCUCUGAGAGAGCUACAUUUUUAGAGGGAAGAGAAGGGUAGCUCUAAACUUUCUACUUUGUUUAUCUAGAACCCAGUUCAGACAAGCAUAUAUAUUCUCCAUUUUAGGCCAAACCCCACUUCCUUUUUACCCCAAAAGAAAACCCAGAUUCCUCCAAAAUUUCACCUUUCUCACUUUACCAAGCCACUUCUUUUUCUUUUGGUUUGUUUUAUCUCCAAAACCAGAAAAAGGCUCCAACUUUAGUAGGAGAAGAAGAGCUAGAUGGGGUGUGUAGCCUCAAAGCUAGAGGAAGAAGGAGUGGUAGUAACAAUCUGCAAAGAGCGGAAGCGCCAGCUGAAAUUAGCAGUGGAGAAAAGAUGUGCUCUUGCAGAAGCACAUUGCAAGUAUUGUCAAGCUUUGUGUGCAGUAGCUGCAGCCAUCAACCUCUUUGUUUCUCGCUACUCUUCUCCUCCUUCACCUUUCCUCAUCACAUUUUCGCCACCUUCUCCUCCUCCUCCUCAUGAGUCUCAUUCCCAUCCUCAACUCACUCAUGAAAAUGUGAUAACCAACCCAAUGUUCCUCCAGCAAAGACCAUCUGAGUCGACUCAUGAAGCCAUUACCUGUGGUUCUUGUGCUUCUUCUUCGACAUCCUCAGAGUGUUGCGAGGAGGAGAGAAGAGUAGAGGAGGAGCAAAACCAACAUGAGCAAAGAACAGUGGAGAGAGCAGAGAGUGAGGAGCAGGGUUUUGGGUAUUUCUAUAUGCAAAUGCCACCAGCAAUGCCAUCACCACAGAGGGACUUCGGGUGGGAUUUCUUCAACCCUUUUGAGGGGGUUAGGCCGGAGGUUAUAAGCGGGUACAAGAGAAGCUCCGAGGAGGAUUUGAGGGCGGUGAGGGAGGAGGAAGGGAUACCUGAGCUUGAGGAGGAAGGGGAGAGACAAGUGGAGCAAGAGAAGAAUGUUGUUGUGGUGGAAGAAAAGAGGGGUGUAGAGAAUGGAAAUGGGGGUGAAGUGGUGAAAGUGGUGGAUGAAGCUAAUGUGAGCCAAGGGGAGACUAAAGGGUUAUCUGUGAUUGAUACACCAGUGGAAGGAAGGGAGCUUUUGGAAGCAUUGAAGGACAUUGUGGACCUUUUCUUGAGGGCUUGUGAGUCUGCAAAGGAUGUGUCUAAGAUGCUAGAGGCUAAUAAGGUUCAGUUGCAGUCUGGUUUGGAGGAAAUAAAAGAGAACUCAACAAAGCUAAUUCAAGCUAUAUCAUGGCAUUCCACUUCAUCAUCUAAAGCAUCAUCAUGUAAGAGUCUUGUGACAUCCAGCUCCAAAAGUUCUACAGCAUGGACAGAAUUUAGGAAUGAUCUGUUUGAAGAUUACGGAGGAAUGGAUUCAGGAAGUCAUUCACUUACGCUAGGAAGGCUAUAUGCUUGGGAAAAGAAGCUCUAUGAAGAAGUUAAGGCUGGAGACAUGACACGGAAGCUUUAUGAGAAAAAAUGCUCACGUCUUAAACACCAGGAUGUCAGAGGAGAUGAUGAACUGACCACAGACAAAACUCGAGCUGCAGUGAAAGAUUUAUACGCUAGGAUCUUGGUUGCAAUUCGGAGUGCUGAGUCAAUCAGCAAGAGAAUCCAGAUUCUGAGAGAUGAAGAACUGCAGCCCCAAAUUGUUGAAUUGUUGAGAGGCUUAAUGCGCACCUGGAAAAUUAUGUUGGACUGUCAUGAAACCCAAAACAAGAUUCUUGUCCAGGUAAAAUCUUUCGCUGGUUCCACAUUCGGAAAAUUCUGCAACAACUCCCACCGGCUUGCAACACUGCAGCUUGAGGCUGAGCUUUUGAACUGGCAUGGAUGCUUUACUGAGUAUGUUGCAGCACAAAAAGCAUAUAUUGAAGCUCUCCAUGGUUGGCUGACCAAGUUCGUGGCCCCUGAAGAGGAAUUCUACUCCAGAGGGAAAAGUUCAGCUGUGCCAUACGGGGUCAAUGGGCCCCCAUUGUUUGUGAUCUGCCAUGACUGGUUAUCUUCCAUGGAGAAAUUACCUAAUAGGGCGGUGACCUUUGCAUUGAAAAGCUUUGCAAAGGAUGUGAGGGCUCUGUGGACUCAGCAAGGUAAAGAACAGCAACAAAAAAGGAAAGUUGACAGCCUAGCAAAAGAGCUCGACCGAAGAAUUCUGGCAUUCCAGAAGACAGAGAGCAAGUUUCUCGAGCCAAAGCUCACGGAGCAUGAAUCAGAGUCAGAGAUGGAUCAUCAGAGUGAGUACAGAACAGAGAAGAAGGAUCAGCUAGACAUGUUCAGAAGAAAGCUGGAUGUAGAGAGGGAAAAACACCAGAAUUACAUGCAAGAAACUCAGCGGAUCACAUUAAAUGGAUUUCAAACUGGGUUUUGUGCAGUUUUUGAUUCCCUAACAGAGUUUUCCGAGGCUUCUCAGAAAAUGUACAGUGAUCUCGUGACCUACAAUGAAAGUGUUGAUAAAGUUGGAAACCCAUCAUAUAUAGAGGGUGCCAAGGUUGAGGAGAAUGGCAGCAGAUGACAUAACAGGUUUUGAGAAUUUCAAAUUGUUGAUUGUGUAUUUUGAUUUGUAAAUAUUGUGUCAAAGCAGCUCGCUGAGACACAAUUAUUUAUGUUUCAAGGGUGGUGUUGUAGCAAUGAUUUGGUAAUUGUUACUGCAAAUAGUUGUAAUGGUUGCCAACAAACAAUAUUAGAGUAAGAUUCUUAAAAUCCUUUGAUGA